CUUGUCUCUACCUUUGGACUUGUGGGGAAUGGAACUGUCAUCUGGCUUCUUGGUUUCCGCAUGAAGAGGAAUCCUUUCACAACAUUCAUCCUGAAUUUGGCUGUUGCUGACCUUGGGGUCCUCAUCUGCAUAGUUGUUCAGGGAAUUGUUUAUAUUAUAUAUUUCUUUUUAAACAGAAAUAUGGUUUUAAAUAUGUAUUCUUUGUUGGCAUGGAUGUUACUUUCAAAUCUUUUCUUCCUUAUGUACUUUACUGGCCAAUUUCUAUUGACAGCCAUCAGCAUUGACAGGUGCGUGUCUGUCCUCUUCCCAAUUUGGCAUAGAUGCCACCGCCCAACCUACCUGUCUACUACUGUUUGUGCCAUUCUAUGGGUCACCUCCUGCCUGCUCUAUCUACUUCCCUACAUUUUCUUUCUAACUCCUCUAUUGGAAAAAAUAUUGAUAAUGCUUACUGUCAUUCCCUUCCUUUGCCUCCCACUCAUGAUUAUCUCUUCUCUGAUCCUUUUCAUCAAAGUCUGCUUCAAGUCAUCAAAACUUCAACAAGGGAAAACUUUAAGAGCCAUCUUCUUUACUCUCCUAUUCUUCCUCAUAUUUGCUUUUCCAUUGACAAUUUCUGCUUUCAUCUUCAGGAUUUUAAUUCAUCGGAGCUACGAUGAAAAUGGUAUUCUAUACUCUUUCCUAGCUGCUUCCCUGAACAGCAGUGUUAACCCCCUCAUUUAUUUCCUGGUUGGGAGACAAAAGAGAGGCCAAAGAAGGGAGAAGAUGAAAAAUAUCCUUCAAAGGCUUUUCAAGGAGGACAAAGAGCAUGGAGCAGAUAUGGACACCCCAGUUUAAAUACGGUAAUUCAGUGACCCCAGAAACCCACACUGCCUCUGUCAAUGCAAAUAUACAGGCUGUUGUUUCUUUUUUCUUUCUGAAUGAGGUGGACAAUGUGCUCUGAGUUUCGAUUCAAACUUUGAAAGACACAUCGAAGGUGUGAAAACUAUGUAAUGAAUUAGGCUGAGUGAUAUGCAUAACUCUAUUGAAUUUUAAAUUAAGGGACAGGAGGAAAGACAGCAAACGACUGAUGGACUUCUGAGAGGAGAAAAGGAUAGAAGCUGGAUGGUUGCAGGACCAUAAUGCUGAAAGAGCUGGUGAUGUCUUUUAAUGCAUUGAAUUGUUUAUUGCUUUCAACUUUAUAAAUUGUUUAAUUAUUUCUUAAGUAACUGUUACAUUUAUAAUUUUACUAAAGUGGUUUUUUUGGUAU